ACCGAACCGGGUUCUCAAAAUCGAAGAAAUCGAAAAUGCUGAGUCAAGACCCUUCGCUCUGUAAAACCCUAAACCCUUCCCUCUUUCUUCUCACUCCAUUUCCGAACCCUCUCCGCCAAACCCUAACCCUCAAGCCCUCCAGCGCUCCAAAACGCUUCGGCAUCAGAGCUUUGUCCAAAAUUCCCCAAAUUGCCGUCCCCAGUUUCACAUUUUCCCGCCAAAUUCCGCGGGACCUGCGCGCGUUCGCCGGCCGGAGCAAGAAGAAGGCUGGAGGAGGUCCGGGAGGCUCCGGCGGAGACGGCCGAAUCGAUGCAAACUCCGAGUAUCGCAAGGAGGCGAAGAGAAAUGCUCGCCGGAAAACCAAGAAGCUCGCCGAGUCGAUGUUCUACCGGCUCAAGAACCCGAGCCGCAACUACCCGGACAACUUCACACAGGACGAGCUCCAGCAAAUUGGGCUCGGGUACGACCGUAUGGUCCGGUUCAUGGAGAAAGACGACCCGAAUUUGCGCCACCCGGACGAUUGGUACAAGUACGGCGAGUUCGGACCCUACUCGUGGAAAGGGGUCGUCGUCGGCGACCCGGUUCGGGGCCGGUUCACCGACGAAAGGGUGAGUAUAAUUAGUGAAGUUAGGGAUGAGGAAGAGUGGGAGAAGAUUGAGCAAUUUGAAAUGGGUCAAGAUUUUGGGAAGAGAUUGACUCAAUUGGAUAAGAAGAUAGGGCAUAGGUACUUCUGGGUGUUUGUGAGGCACCCGAAAUGGCGGCUUUCGGAUUUGCCGUGGGAGCAGUGGACUUUGGUUAGUGAGCUGGUGGUGGAAGCUGAGAAGAAGCAGAGGUUGGACAAGUGGAGCUUGAUGGGUAGGCUUGGGAAUUUGACUAGGUCAUUGAUAACUAAAUGUGCAGCAUGGAUGAGGCCGGACAUUUUGUAUGUGAAGAGGCCGGUGUAUCAGUGCCGGUUUGAGCCUCAGGAUGACUUUUUUCAUGUGUUGGUGCCGUUUCUGGAUCCGAAAACAGAGCAGGAUUACUUGUUUCAGUUGGAGAGAGAGGAUGGGAGUGCUGAAAUGUGUACAUAUUAUGCGGGGUUGUGUAAGAUUGCGAAGGUGAAUCAGAAGGCGUAUGUGGAUGAUGUGGUUAAGGCUUAUGAGAAGUUGAGUGAUCAGGAGAAGUCUAGGUGUUUGGGGUUUUUGCUGAAGAAUCAUCCGGUUAAGCUGUUGCAUCCAUAUACGAAGGAGUGGAAAGCUAAGUUGGAGGAGUGGGAGUUGGGUUGUGAUGCUCCGGAUAGUGAUGAUGCUGACCUCCCUAUCAAUGCGGCAGAGAAGGAGUUCACGGAUUGGGUUGAGGUUGAUGAUGAGGGUGACAAUGAGGGUGAGGGUGAGGGUGAGGAUGAGAAUGACGAUGGGAGUGAUGAUGAGGAAAGUGAUGUUGUUAUAGAUAUGGAAGAGGGUGAAGAUGAUGUCUUGGGUGUCAAGGACGAGAAUUUGAGUGAAGAAGAGGAUGAGAAGUAUUGGGAGGAUGAGUUUAAAAAGGCUGCGACUAGUGCUGAAGGAAUGGAAAAGCUAGCAAAACGCAGUGUAGAGAUAACUGAUAAGUUUUACAAGAAACAAUUGAGGGAAAUGGAAGGAAAUGAAGGUGGAAACUCAGUAGAAGAUGGUGACGAAACUGUCAUGAGGGGAAAACGACCGAAAAUAAGUGAAGAAGAAUGGAAGCUUGCUGGGUAUGGUCCAUGGAGGAAAAGGAUUAAGAAGAGUAGAAUUCCUCCACAGUUGUUCUUGCGAGCAGCAGUUAACCUAUUUACUUACAGAAACCUUGUGAAGGAAAUUGUUUUGACUAGACAUGCAAUUCUUGAUGGUGAUUUUCCUCACAAGGCUUCAAAGAAUUGAUCAUCUGUCUGGCUGCCUAUGAGUUAUCUAUCAUGAAUUUGCCCCUUGCUUGUAUGACCGUAUCGGCUAGUCAGUAACUACGGAGAUCCUGUAAUCUGAUUGAAUCAAUCUCAGUUAGUUUUGUUCAUGUAAAAGGGAGCUUAAUUGUGAAGAUUAGUAAUGUGAGAACUA